AUGGAGCCCACCAUCCCUGUGCCUCCUCAGACUUCCAAGAAGGCCUCCAAGAAGGCCUCCAAGAAGGCCUCCAAGAAGGCCUCCAAGAAGGCCUCCAAGAAGGCCUCCAAGAAGGCCUCCAAGAAGGCCUCCAAGAAGGCCUCCAAGAAGGCCUCCAAGAAGGCCUCCAAGAAGGCCUCCAAGAAGGCCUCCAAGAAGGCCUCCAAGAAGGCCUCCAAGAAGGCCUCCAAGAAGGCCUCCAAGAAGGCCUCCAAGAAGGCCUCCAAGAAGGCCUCCAAGAAGGCCUCCAAGAAGGCCUCCAAGAAGGCCUCCAAGAAGGCCUCCAAGAAGGCCUCCAAGAAGGCCUCCAAGAAGGCCUCCAAGAAGGCCUCCAAGAAGGCCUCCAAGAAGGCCUCCAAGAAGGCCUCCAAGAAGCUGGGGGUGCUGGGGGUAAGACCAGGCAGCGUCAUCUGGAGCCCGAGCCUGGCCCCAGUUCCAGGUCUCCAGCUGCACACACACCAGCUUCCUAAAAAGAUACGGCUCGAGGAGCUGUUGGCAGCUGGAGGUGCUUGGGGUAAGACCAGGCAGCGUCAUCUGGAGCCGGAACCUGGCCCCAGUUCCAGGUCUCCAGCUGCACACACACCAGAGACAAAAAGAGUUCAGAUUAUUGCUGGUGAUCAUGGUGAGAAUGUAACAAUAGUUGAAUGUGGAGAUGCUGCAAUUGCAAGUAUCCCACCUAUAAUUCUGUUCAGAGGAAUGCUGUGUAAAAAUGAAAAGCAUUAA